UCGCUCUGAAAUCCUGCGCAUAUAAGCCCAGCUGCUCGUCGUAUCACGUAAAAAGCGAACAAACCAACCGACGAUCCUCCUCUCUCUCACCUUCUCUCUCCGCCAUUUUUUCUUCCUCCGUUUACUUAAUUCCGUCGCGUUCGCCGCCAAUGGUGAUGGAGGACAACAGCGAGAGCUGCGGGAGUAGAGCGCUGAACGACGCGUCGUCUUCUCCGCUUCAGUCUCGCCAGCAGAGAAAGCUCGGGGUUUACAAUGAGGUCCUCCGCCGCCUCAAGGACUCCAAAAACGACGAAGCCAUUUGCCCUGGCUUCGACGACGAGCUUUGGGCUCACUUCAAUCGCCUCCCCACUCGGUACGCACUAGAUGUGAAUGUGGAGAGGGCAGAAGAUGUGCUUAUGCACAAGAGAUUACUGCAUUUGGCUCAUGAUCCUGCUCAUCGACCAGCGAUCGAAGUCCGCCUUGUACAGGUUCAUUCUGUUGCAGAUGGGAAUACAGCAGAUGCUACAGAUUCUCCGGGUAAAGAUGCUGCCCAAAGUUCUAACAUAUCUAGCAGACUAAGUAUACAUCCUCCUCCAGCAUUCGGCUCAUCUCCUAACCUUGAAGCCCUUGCACUUGAGGCAAAUAAAUCUGAAGAGCAUGAUGAUGAACAUUCUGUACAUGCCAGAACUCAAUUUACUCGGCCCAUAUUGCAUGAAAUUACUUUCUCAACAGACGACAAGCCUAAACUACUCAGUCAGUUGACUUCCUUGCUUGCGGAGAUUGGGCUGAACAUCCAAGAAGCACAUGCUUUUUCCACAUUAGAUGGUUACUCCCUGGAUGUCUUUGUUGUUGAUGGCUGGCCUUACGAGGAAACAGAGAAGCUUAAGAUCGCAAUACAAAAGGAAGUUUUAAAGAUUGAGAGGCCAUGGCCGCCUACUCAUCAAUCAUCUUCUGGCAGCGAGCAUAAUCAAGUAGUGAUCAAAACUGAACCUGUUCAUCUGCAAAUACCUAAUGAUGGGACUGAUGUAUGGGAAAUUGAUCCUAGACAGUUGAAGUUUGGGAACAAAGUUGCAUCUGGGUCUUGUGGAGAUUUAUAUAAAGGUACAUAUUGUACCCAAGAAAUCGCCAUUAAAGUCCUCAAGCCUGAGUGUGUAAAUUCUGAUAUGCAGAAAGAUUUUGCCCAGGAAGUUUAUAUUAUGAGGAAAGUUCGACACAAGAAUGUUGUCCAAUUCAUUGGUGCAUGUACCAAGCCUCCAAGCUUGUGCAUUGUAACAGAAUAUAUGUCUGGUGGAAGUGUGUAUGACUACUUGCAUAAACAAAAGGGUGUUUUUAAGCUCCCAUCCUUGCUCAAGGUAGCAAUCGAUGUUUCCAAGGGAAUGACCUACUUGCAUCAGAAUAACAUAAUCCACAGGGAUUUGAAAGCGGCCAAUCUCUUGAUGGAUGAAAAUGAAGUCGUUAAGGUUGCUGAUUUCGGGGUUGCUAGAGUGAUAUCUCAAUCUGGAGUAAUGACAGCAGAAACUGGGACAUAUAGGUGGAUGGCUCCAGAGGUUAUAGAACACAAGCCAUAUGAUCACAAGGCUGAUGUUUUUAGCUUUGGAGUUGUGUUAUGGGAGUUGCUGACCGGAAAGCUUCCAUAUGAAUACUUGACCCCGUUACAAGCAGCCGUUGGAGUUGUUCAAAAGGGCUUACGGCCGACCAUCCCAAAGAACACUCCUCCCAAGCUUGCUGAGCUGCUCGAGAAAUGCUGGCAACAAGAUCCAAAAUCAAGACCUGAUUUCUUGGAAAUCAUAGAAAUUUUGCAGGCAUUAGCCAAAGAGGUUGGUGAUGGAGAGGAACGACACAAAUCAUCGGGAGGAUUACUGUCCAUCCUGCGACGGGGUCACCACUAACCAAGGCAAGCAGAUGUUUAUUGCUUGAUCAAAAGGAAUUAUAGUGCGGGGAAUUCCCCAACUAUUUUUCACAUACCAUGUACAGUAGUACAUCCUCUUUUCCUUUGUCUGAAGAGCCAUUAUUUUGACCGACCACCCGCCUUUUUAUUUAUUUAUUUAUUUUGCGUUUUCAUAUCGUAACAAGAGUUCAGAAUGUAAUGGUGAUGGUUUGGAUGAGCAUUGUAACUUUGCAAGUAUCCUGAUGUUUAACAAUGACAAUGUUGUCGUGAGUUUUUCUUUCA